AUGAGAUCGCUAGGAAAUAUUUUUGAUUCGGUUAAAGCCUCAGCGGACUCGAACACAGUUGCAAUCGCAGAGAACCGAAAAAACAUCGACAAGUGCGCUCAGCUUCAGAAAACAACAGACCCUAACGUAAGGAAAGAGCUAUUCGAAAUGCGUGAAGUAAAUUCAAACUUACAAGAAAGCAUUAUUGACCUGAAAUCCCGAUCAAUGCGGGACAAUCUUGUGUUUUCUGGAAUUCAUGAAGAACGGGGAGAGAACACAGAGGAGAUUUUACAAGAAUUCAUCAAAAGGAAAUUCCGGAUUGACUACGACGUUAGCUUUGAACGGGUGAAUCGCAUGGGAAAGUGGUCUGAGCAUAACCUUUACCCCAGGAACAUUGUGGCUAAGUUCACCUACUUCAAAGAGAGGGAGCUGAUCCGGACGCGUGCCCCUCAGAAAUUAAAGGGGUCCAAUGUGUGGGUCAACGAGCAAUUCCCGCCAGAGAUUGAGGAAAGGAGGAAGAAGCUGUACCCGAUCAUGAGAUUAGCGAAGAGAGAUGGAAAGCGUGUGCGACUGGUCAAAGACUUGUUAUACGUCAACGGAGAGUUAUAUGACCCAGAAAAGGACGUAUCCACCCAGCCAGAACGCAUGCCUUACUCCCGAGUAGUAAACACUGGUAGCCGCCAACCGCAGAAAAGACCGCGCCACGGAUCAACGCCUGACCGGGUCAGAUAG